AAUUUGCCCACUUUCUUACAAGUUUUCAAAUUUCUGGCUCUCGGCCGCGUUUCAUGCGUCUCCCCCUCUUUAAGAUUCCUCCAAAAAAAAAAAAUUGCACACACUCAAUAUUUUUUCCUUCUAGAUUUUCAUUUUUGUAGCUUUUGAACUUCAUUCUCUUAACUUGUUCAAGAUUUUUUCUGCAUUUACGUUUCUGCCGAUUAAAUAAAAUUUGACUUCUUCCUAUCAACUGCUUGUUCAAGUAGCACUUUUUUAACUCAUUAAAAGAAUGUCGGGUUUAAAGAGAUCUCCAUUGAAGACUGCGAAGCUCAAUUCUGUAGAUCCCAGGCGUAUUGCUCCUCAGACCAACCCUUUUGAUUCCGAUGAUGAAUUGGACAACAUGCAAACCCUUAAACCUACCAGAACAACUUCUUCUAAGCCUACCUUGAGUCCUAAUUUCAGGACCAAUCCGUUUGAUGAUGAUGAAGAGAAAGUAAACUCUUCUUCUUCCUCUUCGUAUUGGCAAACUUCAGCAUUGCAGAACAAGUAUAAGAAUGAUUUCCGUGACUGUGGAGGAAUUGAGAACCAACCAGUGCAAGAAUUGGAGAACUAUGCUGUCUACAAGGCUGAGGAGACUACAAAGACUGUCAAUAACUGUGUGAAGAUUGCAGAAGAAAUGAGAGAAGGUGCCACCAAGACUUUGAUUACCUUACAUCAGCAGGGUGAGCAAAUUACCAGGACACAUGAUGCGGCUGCUGGCAUCGACCAUGACCUUAGUAUGGGUGAGAAGCUUCUUGGAAGCCUUGGAGGUAUGUUCUCUAAAACUUGGAAGCCAAAGAAGACUCGUGCAAUCAUUGGCCCCCUUGUCACAAGAGAUGAUUCACAAAGAAGGGGUGCCCAUUUGGAACAAAGGGAGAAGCUUGGAUUGACUCCUGUUCCUCGUGGAGGUUCAAAGUCUCAAACACCUCCCCUGGAGCCCACAAAUACAUUUCAAAAAGUUGAGGUUGAAAAAUCAAAGCAAGAUGUUGCCCUCUCCGAUUUAAGUGAUCUACUAGGAGAACUGAAGGAUAUGGCCAUUGACAUGGGAUCUGAAAUUGAGAGGCAAAACAAAAAUCUGAAUGGUCUCCAAGAUGAUGUGGAUGAGUUAAAUUUCCGAGUCCGAGGUGCAAACCAACGUGCUCGUCGAUUACUUGGAAAGUAGAUCUUUGUUAUUGAAAAUCUCGAUUUUUGGACUUGCUUGUUCUUGCUUGCCAUCCUGUCAAAGCCUUCUGUCUAGCGUAAUUCCAUGCACACACAACUUGGGCUUUAAGACUGUCACCUGGUUUUUGUUUCUCACAGUCUAUUAAUACAAUCCAGCUCUCUGCUACUUAUUUGCUUUAUGAGUUUUCUCUAUGUUCCAUGACUUGGCAUUUUUGUCACUCGGAUUUUGAGGUGAGUGUUGGAUAUGGAUAUAUCUCUUUUCAUAAUAUAAUAUAUAUUUAAAGGGUAUUUGGAAGGUUA